CUUCUCAGACCAGCUGAACACUGAGGACUAGGCACCUGCACUCAUCUGGGACUGGGACUUCACUUCCUCUUGACUUUUGCAAAACCUCUUCUCAGAUUUUUCACCUGGAAGGCAGUGCAAUAGGAUGUGUUUUUUUUUUUUUUUUUUUUUUUUUUUUAGUUUAGUUUAGUUUUUUUAGUUUUUAGUUUUUGAAGAGUAAAAGCUUAGUUUUAAUCUACAAGUGUCAUAUGCUUGAAGGGAUUGCAUCAAACACCCUGCGUGAUGACUGACAUGGGAAUGUGGUGCGUUUCAUGGCUCAUGGCAUUUGCUCUGAUUUCAGCAGCUCCAAAAUCACACCAGCGAGUUCUGGAGAUGACAAAGGAACAAACUGACACUCUACCAUUGGAAAUGGAUAAUCAAGAACAUAUAUUAAGUCAGCUGCUGGGUGAUUAUGACAAAGUGAAAGCGCUUUCGGAAGGCUCUGACUGUGGCUGUAAAUGUGUUGUCAGACCUUUGAGCGCGAGCGCAUGCAAGCGGAUCCAUGAGGGUCACGCGACGCCUCAGGAUUUCUACACGGUGGAAACCAUCACAUCAGGACCUCACUGCAAAUGUUCAUGCAUCGCUCCACCGUCAGCUGUAAACCCAUGUGAGGCUGACUUUAGGUUGAAGCGGCUGCAACAGGCUGGGAAAGAUAAUAUCAAGCUGUCCACGGUUCUGGAGUUGCUGGAGGGUGCCUUCUAUGGCAUGGACCUACUGAAAUUGCAUUCGGUCACCACAAAGCUUCUUAAUCGCGUGGACAAUAUUGAAAAAAUAGUCUCCAAAAACCAGACUGAGGAGAGGUUAAAAACAAGAAGCACCUCUCCAAAUCCACAGCUGCCCACAUCCUCACCUACAACUCCACCACCACGACUGCAGGAGAAGAAAAACAGCCAGAGGGAUCAGAAGGAUGAGGCAGCUGCUUUUCAACACAUAGAGAGUAAGUAUGAGGAAAGACUUCUUGGAGAUCUUCUGAAGAGGAGUGAAUCAGACCUAGACAAGGCUGUUGCAACCUUGCAAGAACAAGAGCAUCAUGGGAGGGAGAAGCAUCCAAAAAUAAUUGUUAGGGGGAUGACAUUUUAUAAAUCUGACCAAGUGGAAGAGGCAGACACAGAGGAGAACUUAGAUGAGAAUCUCAGUGGUGAUAGCCCAGUUGACCUAUUUGCUGAUGAGCAACUCCUUCAUCACAAAGCUCACCACUUCAAGCCUGUCAUAAGAGCAUGGUCUGUUCCACCUAAACCCAAGACUGAAAUUUCAAAAGGGGGAACUGCACGAAAUAGCUUUCAGUCUCCAUUCACUGGACUAUCAGACUCUGCCCUGUCAAUUAAGAGACCUUCUGACACAAUAUCCGUUCUGGCUCGAACCACUCUUUCCACCACAGGAGAUGAUAAAACCACACCAACACCUGGUGCGGUGGAUAAUUUGAUGGUUAUGAAGUCUGAGGAACAGACCAAACCUCAGACCAUCAUCAAAAAUAUGGAGGAAACAAGCACCGAGGAGCCCUCAACUCCAUCUGUAAGACAGGCUCAAAACAUUUUGGUCAGGUCAUCCAAUCUGAGCCACAUAAGGACACAUGAGUCAGUCACAGCAGCUGUUGCAAAAGUAAUGACUACUGUGCCAACCAUGACAGAUAUUAUUACCAAGGGGACAACUAAAGGUGCAAUUGUGACCAAACAAAUCUUGAAAAAAGACGCCCCAAAAACCGUUAAACCUUUGUUUUCAAUUGAGAGUAUAACUCAAGAGCCAACUACUCAUAAGCUACCUGCCACCAUUACAGAAUCUAUUUCCAACACAUUAACAGCAACAGAAAUCACUUUGGGAUUACCUGCUGACAGAAGAGAAGCUACCACCUUGGUUUCAACACCACAUAUUAGUGAAAGUAAGAUAGACUCCACUUACUUACUCAAAAUGAAUCCUGAACAGACUUUUACCUCCAUGGCGUCUUUGUUGACAACUUCUUCGCCUACAACAACUACUACAACAACAACAACAACCACAAGCAGACCUGGAAAACGCAAGUAUAGUAUAAGUUGGGAUGAAGAGGAAGUCGUAGAUGUAGAGGAGAAGAUGGACAGAGGAACAGCUGUGAAAACUGUGGUGAAAGAGAACUUUAAGGAGCAACCUCAAAAGAAGCCAGGAAUGUGUAAGGACACCUUGGCCACAAUCGCAGAGCCUGUCACACAUAAUACAUAUGGUCGUAAUGAAGGUGCUUGGAUGAAAGAUCCACUGGCUCAAGAUGACAAGAUAUAUGUCACAAACUAUUACUAUGGCAACAACCUACUUGAGUUCCGCAACAUGGAUAUCUUCAAACAAGGUCGUUUUACUAAUUCAUACAAGCUGCCUUAUAACUGGAUUGGCACUGGCCAAGUGGUCUACAAUGGUGCUUUCUAUUACAACCGUGCAUUCUCUCGAGACAUUAUCAAGUAUGACCUCCGGUUGCGUUAUGUGGCUGCUUGGACCAUGCUGCACGACGCGGUCUUUGAGAACGAUGAUGUGUCUGCAUGGAGAUGGAGAGGAAACUCAGAUAUGGAUCUGGCCAUAGAUGAGAGUGGACUUUGGGUGAUCUACCCUGCUCUGGAUGACGAGGGCUUCUUGCAGGAAGUGAUUGUCUUGAGUCGACUGAACCCCAACGAUCUGAGCAUGAAGCGUGAAACCACUUGGAGGACUGGGCUCCGGCGCAAUCGCUAUGGCAACUGCUUCAUCGUAUGUGGCGUUCUUUAUGCAACAGAGAGCUAUAAUCAACACGAAACCGAUUUGUCUUAUGCCUUUGAUACCCACACCAACACUCAGAUGAUCCCUCGCUUGCCUUUUAGCAACAACUAUACUUACAUCACUCAGAUCGAUUACAACCCCAAAGAGAGGGUGUUGUAUGCCUGGGAUAACGGACAUCAGGUCACUUACAAUGUUCAAUUUGCAUAUGUAGACCCACUGUAGACCAAGAUGACAAAGUGUGUGUACUUCUUUUGCACAAAAAAAGAUGUUGUCAGGAGAAACUUUAAAUGUGUUAAAGUGGAUUGUAGAUCAGUUCACUCAGCUAUUCUUAUCAAUUUGAUGUAGUUUAAUGUUUAUUUUAAUAUGCUGUUGGUGCUGUUUUCAAAGUGCAAAAAUGACCUCAAAAUCCUUCUGCACCCAUAUUUUUAAUUAUGUCAAAAACUAAAUAUCAAAUUUAAUUUGUGGAAUUUUUCAAUUAAUAUCUCCCAAACGUCACAGCUUUGCAUUGAGUACAAUUUCUUUAGAUUUAGUUGAUGCUUGCUUUUGCACUAUGAAAACAGACCUCUUUAUUUUUUUGAUCUGUACCUCUUGUAAGGCUGGCAGAUUUAUGAAAACGUGUUGAGGUGUUGUAUUCUUAAAUUUAGUAGAAUACAUUGUAUAUACUGUAAGAUAAAAGAUAAAACAUGGGAUUAAUUGAUGAAUGUAAAAUAAAUACAAUUUGUAUUUUCAUAAACAUCUAAUUUUUUUUUUUUACACACUUUCACUUGCAAAUACAGUUUGCAACUUUGUAUCAUUUAAGUAUAAACAACAGUAGAAAUGCUGGGCACAUUUUCAUUGUAUCAGUACUUUUGAUACAUUUUAUAAAGAGUCUUUACUGUUUGUAAUCUUGUCAUGUUUUAAUGCAUAUUUUGUAUUUUUGCAAUUUCAUUUGCAACUUUUGUAGCACUUACCAAACAAACGUAAAUCUCUGUUCGACUAAGAAAAUGACUGCAAUUAAAUAUGAGAUGAAAAACAA